AUGCCUCAACCAUGCACCAUCGAUAAGUCGAUAAGAUGGCUUGAGAGCUCAAGCAUGUCUAUCAAAAGACAAUCAACUGGCCAAGAGGCAGCAAUCAUGCGAGAAAGCGAAUAUAAUUGUGGUAGUUCGCAAACUAACGAGGAUGGAAAUACCGUUCAAUAUUGCGAUGAGGAGAAUCGAAGUGCCAAAGUCAAAAAACAUUUGAGAUAUUUGAAGAGAUUCACUCAGUGCAACGAGACUGGUAAUAUGAUCGGAUAG